AUGCGCGCGCUGCUGCUCGCCGCGCUGCUGUGCGCGGCGACGACGCCCGCGCGCGCGUUCUACCUCCCCGGCGUCGCCCCGCAGGACUUCGCGCGGGACGACCUCGUGAACUUCAAGGUGAACUCGCUGACGUCGGACCGGACGCCGGUGCCGAUGCGGUUCUACGACCUGCCCUACUGCCGCCCGUCCGAGAUCCGCGCGAGCGCGGAAAACCUCGGCGAAGUCCUCCGCGGCGACCGCAUCUUCAACUCGCUGUAUCAGAUGCAGAUGCGUCUCGACGAGCGGUGCAAGGUGGUGUGCGAGUCCGAGCCGCUGAGCGAGCACGAGGCGGACCGUCUCCGCGCGGCGAUCGUGGACGGAUACCGCGUGAACAUGAUCUUAGAUAAUCUCCCCGCGGCGCAAAGUUUCGUCGACGACGCCGGCGUCAAGCGCUACGACCGCGGGUUCCCGGUCGGGUUCGUCGACGAGAUGGACGCGAAACGCGCGGACUAUAAAGACGCGCGGGCGUACGUGAACAACCACGCGACGUUCACGAUCUUGUACCACAAGGACGAGUCGCGACCGGAUUCCGCGCGGCGCAUCGUGGGGUUCGAGGUGGAGCCGCACAGCGUGAAGCAUCGGAGGGAUCCUAACGCCACAGACCCGAGCGUUUUAAGCACGUGCGACCCGGAGCGCGUCCUGUUCGCGAAGCCUCCCGCGCGGCGGUUCGACAGCGACGCGGGCGCUCAGGUGGUGGCGGCCGGGGAGAAGAUCCUGUGGACCUACGACGUCGCGUUCAAACCGUCGGACGUGCGGUGGGCUUCGAGAUGGGACACCUACCUCGCUGUCUCCAAGUCGGACGAAGAGAUCCACUGGUUCUCAGUGAUCAACAGCGCGGUGGUGAUGCUGUUCCUGUCCGCGAUGGUCGCGAUGAUCGUUCUGCGGACGCUGCGGAGCGACAUCACGAGGUACAACGCGCUGGAGAGCGUCGAUCUCGACGCGGACGACGACGAGAGCGGGUGGAAGCUGCUCCACGGCGACGUCUUCCGGCCGCCGCGUUCGCCCGCGCGGCUCGCCGUGUGCGUCGGCACCGGCGCGCAGCUCAUCAUCGUGGCGUUCGUCACCAUGGUAUUCGCGCUGCUCGGGUUCUUGAGCCCCGCGAAUCGCGGGGGGCUGAUGACCGCGUCGCUGAUGACGUUCGCGCUCGCGGGCGUCGCGGCGGGGUACGUCGCGGGGCGAAUGUUCCGAGCGUUUCAGGCGCGUUCUCUCUCUCAUCACAUCACACUGCUCUCGCCGUCGGAGUGGCGAAGAAAUACCGCGCACGUCGCGGUCGCGUUCCCGGGGCUCGCGUUCGCCGUGCUGAUAUCGCUGAACCUCGUGGUGUGGGGGAAAGAAGGCGCCGCGGCGGUGCCGUUCGGGACGCUUUUCCAGCUGUGCGCGAUGUGGUUCUGUCUCUCGACGCCGUUGGUGUUUCUCGGGUCUCACCGAGCGUUCGCCGCGCCCGCGCCGGAGCAGCCGACGCGGACGAAUAAGAUCCCUCGGCAGGUGCCCAGAACGCCGUGGUACCUGAAAGACGACGCGACCGCGUUACUCGGCGGGAUCUUACCCUUCGGCGCGGUGUUCAUCGAGCUGUUCUUCAUCCUGUCGUCCGUGUGGCUGCGUCAGGCGUACUACAUCUUCGGCGUGCUCUCCGUGGUGUACGUCAUAUUGGUCGUCACGUGCGCGGAGAUCGCGAUCGUGAUCACGUACUUCACGCUGUGCGGCGAGGACUACAGGUGGUGGUGGAAGGCGUUCAACUCCCCCGCGUUCGCGGGCGCGUACGUGUUCGCGUACAGCGCGUAUUACUACCUCACUCGGUUGGACAUCUCCGGCGGGGUGAUUCCGACGGCGAUGUACUUUUCGUACAUGGGGCUGGCGUCGAUCGGGUUCGGGUUGGCGUGCGGCGCGGUCGGGUUCGUCGCGAGCUACGCGUUCGUCAGGGCCAUCUACGGCAGCGUGAAGAUAGAUUAA